AUGUCUGUGAUCAGCGAGCAUCAAGUGCAAUUGGCCAGCUUUGAGCCGAUUGAGAAUUGCGUGAAAUCCACGUGUCCAGGUAGAUUUUCCCAAAAAUGUUUGCCCAUGCAUUGUUUUUCAGGUUGCAAAGCGAGCCGGAUGUAUUUUUGCUACGAUUGCCGCACACCAAUGCCCGGAGUGUUCACGCCGAGUGUCAAAGUAGAAUUUUUGCGAAUUUCGGGGAGAACGAGAAAAAAAUUUACACGAACCAGGCUUUUCGAAGGCUUUGGAUCCACUUGAAAUAAUCGGAUCGGGUUCAGACUUUACAGACUUCUUGUACUUGCAUUGAAGUAUCUUGGGUCCAAGUUUCAAACCAAUCGGAUCAUCUGGUCCUCAGAUAUCCGGUGUUUGCGGCAUUGCGGCCUCUGAUCCACUUAUCUAGGGAGCCGAUAGUUCGAUCGGACCUCAAUCAAAGUUCAAGAAGCCUGUAAAGUUUGGGCCCGAUCAGAUCGUUGAAAGUGGGUCAAAAGUCCAGGCCAGCCUUUUGCCCAGCCCUGACUGAAAAUAAGAAAUAUAAAAUGGACAAUAUUCUCAGUAAAAAUAGUAUAGAAAUUUUAUUAAAUUUGCAGCUGCCCUGUCAGGUGGACAUAAUCAAGCAUCCGAUGGAGAAGAACAGUAAAUCCAGCGCGCUCCACUGCAAAAUCGUGGCGCCGGAGCAGACGAGAGUAGGCGAGACGGCCUGAAAUUCCCUUAUGGCCAAACUUAUGCAGGUUUUUGAUCAUCCCGACGUGCACGAUUACCGCGAGGAUUCGGAGGAGGUGCGCCAAGGGACCGCCGUCAUUUUCCCGUCCGAAUCGGCCAUUUCCGUGGAGGAAUUCGUGCGUAGGCGGGGCCCGAUUCGACGGAUUAUUGUGCUUGAUUGUACGUGGUUCCAGGUCGGAGUCAUGCAGAAAACACCCGAAAUUCAAGGUUUGUAGAGGGGAGAAGUGUACAAAAUCGUUGUAUUUCAGGACUGCAGCACGUGUCGCUGGGCUCGUACCGUACCGCGUUUUGGCGUCCGCAGCACAAUGUGCCCGAGACGGGUCUCGCCACGAUCGAGGCGAUCUACUAUUCGUUGCGCGAGCUGGUCGAGUUGGGUCUCGCACGGAAGUACGGCGGCGAGUUCGACAACCUCCUCUACUGGUUCUUCCACACGAAACACCUGGUGGACGCCCGCCAAAACGAGUAUUUGCGACGGAACAACGCGGAAAAUCGAUAA